GGAGGAAACAAUUGAGAUUAUCCCCUACCUGAGAACACCACACACACACACAAUCGCUUUGACAACGCUGGAAGGUCUGGACCUGGAUUUGCUACCAAGUCAACAGUAAUACUUUUGAGAGCAGGCACAUGCUUUCUUUACAUAUUCUUUAGAGAAGGCUAAUUUAAUUAAGGCUGUAUAAGAAUCAUGUUUUUUUUUUAAUACUAAUUUGUUUAAAACUGCAAUUGUGUGCCCCCUUUGCAUUACGUAGCUCUGGUCCAGGGCGUUACCUGAGACCAAUGAUAUGUAAUUGUAGCGACCCGCACAGACAGCGGUGUGUUAGGCUAUUAGUGGGUUGUGUUGUACUUACCAGUGUUCACGGGGUUCAUCAUGCCAAUCAACCUGCUAUCUGCCAAUCACGGGAAUGCCUGGAAUGUUCUAAUGCUGGGCAUCUGGUGGUUGGCUGACUGGCAUGGAGGGGAGUUGGGCAGGGGGAGGGAGCAUUGGAAGUCAAGACCAGGUUUAGCCAUUGUUCUUUCUCUUAUGUCUGGCCUUCACAAGAGAAGGUCACGUUUGGCUUGUGGGGUAACUUUCAUUUAUUUGGGGUAGGCUACGGCCAAACAGUAGCCUGUGUAAAGUUGAGUUAAUAAACCGUCAAUUUCGUAAACUCAACCCUCUGUCUGGACAAUUGUUCCUUUAUGAUCUAACACCUUAAAGCUGGAAUCCUUCACGGUGAAACUGCCACAUCCGUUUGCAAUAUUACAACAGCAAAGAUGUACACUGCAAACAACUAACACUGUCGUCGUCGUCCCCACCCCCCCCCACGGACAUCAUUGCAGCGUGAUAGAACAUGUACCGCAAUUUUCUUGUUGCCAUGUUGUGCAAUGCUCUUCACCUCCGCUUUGUCAAACAACAACAACAACAGCCUUGGGGCGACUCACAACUGGAAGAAGUUAUAAUGAACACCGAGAGCCAGGUGAUCAAGUGCAAGCCAGCAGUAGCGUGGGAGCAUGGCAAACCCCUGUCUAUUGAGAGGGUGGAGGUUGCCCCACCUAGGGCUCACAAAGUGUGCAUAAAGCAAGUGGAAUGUGCCACACUGACUAGGGGUACCUCUAUGAGACUGGUGUAUGCAUGCAUCCCACUGGUUCUGGGCCACAAGGGGUCAGGCGUGGUGGAAGGUGUCAGCCCUGGAGUCUCCAAAUUCUCACCAGGGCUAUCUUCUGUGUACCACCCCCACCUUGUCACAACACAACUGAUGGGCUCAAACGCAUUGAGAAGGAAAUAAAUUCCACAAAUUAACUUUUAACAACGCACACCUGUUCAUUGAAAUGCAUUCCAGGUGACGACCUUGAGAGAAUGCCAAGAGUGUGCAAAGCUGUCAUUUCUUAAAUGUUUAAAAAAUAUUAAUUUUGUAUUUUUAUUGUUAUUUAUUCAUAAAUAACUAGGCAAGUCAGUUAAGAGCAAAUUCUUAUUUACAAUGACACACUACACCAGCCAAACCCAGACAACGCUGGACCAAUUGCGCACUGCCCUAUGGGAAUCCCAAUCAUGGCCGGUUGUGAUACUGCCUGGAUUUGAACCAGGGACUCUAGUGACGCCUCUAGCACUAAGAUGCAGUGCCUUAGACCGCUGCACCACUUGGGAGCCCAAGGAAAAGGGUGGCUACUUUGAAGAAUAUAAAAUAUAUAUAUUUUUGGUUACUAUAUGAUUCCAUUUGUUAUUUCAUAGUUUUGAUAUCUUCACUAUUAUUCUACAAUGUCUUUUUUUUGUUGUAAAAAUAAAGAAAAACCCUUGAAUGA